UCAUGGCAUCAGACACACAAUGACACACACAGACACACAAAUCUAAAGGCUUAUAAAUCCAGCAAAAGGCAGAAGGUGGGAAAGUUGAAAAGUAAAAUCCAUUCUUUCAUACCAGCAAGAACCAGAUUCAAAGUUGGAGAGAGAGAGAGAGAGAGAGAGAGAGAGAGAGUCAUAAUUCCAUCAUGAACAACUACCGCUAACCAUUCAUUUUGAUUAAUAAUAUAUGUGAAAAAAAAAAGAAAAAAGAAAAGCUUUUUGAUGGGGAAAAGAAACAAAGAAGGGAGAGGCUGAGAGACUCUUCCGUCUUCUCGUUGCUUGCUCUUUCUCUGUGUCUGUCUGUCCUUCUGGUUGUAGCAGCAGCUGAUUUGUAAAGGGAUCCGGCCGAGUGCUGUCUUUGGAAGCUUUGGUUGGUCGUCUUGGAGGUGGAGGAGGAGGAGAUAUAAGGUAGGAACGGUAAUGCUAGGAACAUGGGAAAGAAAGGGAGUUGGUUUUCCGCCAUAAGGAGGGUUUUCUCUCCGCAUUCCAAGGACAAGGACAAGGACAAGGCUGUCAAUGGUUCAGAGAGGAAAAACACAAAAGAAAAGAAGAAGGGGCUUGGGAAACUAAAUCGUGGAGAGACCAAUUCAUUCAUUCCACUGUUCAGAGAACCAAGCAGCGUUGAGAAAAUUUUUGGGGAUUUUGAGAGGGAGCAACAAAGAGUAACUUUUAGGCCUCCUACACCUGAUGAGCAACCAAAGACCCCGCCAUUUGUGCCUCCUAGAGUUGCUUCUCCGAGGGUUGGCUCACCAAGGGCUGCUUCUCCAAGGUCUCCUUCCCCAAGAGCUCCUUCUCCAAGGGCUCUUUCCCCAAGAGCUCCUCCUCCAAGAGCUCCUCCUCCUCCAAGAGCUCCCCCUCCUCUAAGAGCUCCUCCUCCAAGAGCUCCAUCUCCUAGCACCCUUCAUCAACAUAAGGAGAUUAGCUACAGACCUGAACCAACUCUAAGGAACCACCAUGCCUCAGCUACUAAAAUUCAGGCAGUCUAUAGAGGUUAUAUGGCAAGAAGAAGCUUUAGAGCUCUAAAGGGUCUAGUGAGGCUUCAAGGAGUAGUAAGAGGCCAGAACGUGAAGCGUCAGACGAUGAAUGCCAUGAAAUACAUGCAACUCUCAGUGCGCGUUCAGUCCCAAAUUCAGUCGCGGAGGAUUCAGAUGUUAGAAAACCAAGCACGACAUCAAGUCCAAAACAAGAAUGACAAAGAUGUGGAAAGCACCUUUGGCAAAUGGAACUUGAGCCAGCAAUCCGAGACGGCCAAUAACGAGGAUUGGGAUGAUAGCUUGCUAACUAAGGAGGAAGUGGAGGCAAGGUUGCAGAAAAAGGUUGAGGCAGUCAUGAAAAGAGAGAGAGCAAUGGCUUACGCAUACUCCAACCAGCUGUGGAAGGCUACUCCUAAAUCAGGUCAAACACCUUUAGCUGAUAUCCGGUCUGGGGGAUUUCCGUGGUGGUGGAACUGGUUGGAACGUCAGAUCCCUCCAGUAGACCCUCCUGCAGCAACCAAUGCAUUGAAAACUUUUCAGUUUACUCCUCCAAGACUAGGAUCAGAGCGAAAGCCAAGCCCCCUGGCCCAGUCAAGCAAUCAAGGGGAACAUCCUUUUCCAUUUGAUAACAACUUCGACACACCAAAAUCGUCAGCAACAACCAUUAAUCUGACAACAAUAAAACCAGCACGAACCCCGCCUCCCACUAAUAUGAGUAGGACUCCACAAGCAAACAGGUCUGGGCUAUCGAAGUACAGAAGAACACCAGCUGAUGGAGCUGAAUCCCCUUUCGGUUUUCCACUCAAGGAUGAUGCCAGCCUCACAAGCUGCCCCCCAUUUUCUGUUCCAAACUACAUGGCUCCAACAGCAUCAGCCAAAGCGAAAGCACGAGCUAGUAGCAAUCCCAGGGAUAGAUUUGUGGGGACACCGACCAGUGAGUCCAAAAGGAGGCUUUCCUUCCCUUUGACACAAGGUAUUGGGUCUUUCAAGUGGAACAAAGCUUUUUUCUCUAACAACAAGGAUUCUAGCUCUCCAAUGAAUUUAGAUAAGAACCGGUCUUUGCAAUCUAUCGGAAACACGAGCAUAGAUUCCACGGUUUCAAUGCCUGUGGCUCCACGAGCUGGGAGGAAGCCGUUUAAACGAUUUGUGUGAUUCACUUUCGUGUAUUUUUCGAACUUUUCUUGUACCUGUCAUUCAUUGCGGUGUUGAUUUUGUUUUUGAGUGUACGGUAAUAGACUUGAGAGUUGCAAAACACUGAUGUAAAAUGAUAAAAAGGAAAUAUGUGUCGUGUGUGUAAUAUAUAUGAUGCUUUGGAUUAUUGGA